AUGAAUAAGAAAAGAUCAAGUCGCCUAGAAACCUUAGCUUUUGUUGCUUCAUUGGUUGAUUCAAGAAAAAGGGAGGUCGAAACGGACGCUCUUAAAACCUUGGUCUUUCUUCGAGAUGCAAGGCCAACUAAAUUCUCACUUAAUAUAAUAAAACGUUAUAAACGUCCUAAAGUACCUAAGGUUCCAAAGCCAGUUGUCUCUCAAAUACCCCCACCGUUACUUCUGCAAUCGACAAUUUACGAAACGUCGCCUCCAACCUCUGAUGAAAGCUCACAGGAAAGAUCCUGGAUUCCAACUACACCACCGUUGUUUAGAGUUUCACCUACGCCAACGCCCACCCCACCACCAUUACCAACGAAUUCCAUACCUACCCCGAUUGCAACACCAAGAUCAAUUCUUGUUGGGUCCUCCACAAAACCCACAGAAGGAGCCAUUAACAAAAAACCAAUUAUCAAGAAAAAAAAGGUUACAUUUUCUAAAGGUCUAACAAGAGAUGAUGAUCAGUGUCGUCAAUGUGGUGAUAAGGAGACAGGACAAUGGCGUAAGGGACCCUAUGGGAAAAGAACCCUUUGUAACAAGUGUGGUUUGUAUUAUAGGAAACUUGUGAAUGACUUCAAACCUAAAAAAGCAAAUGCUCUAUUAAGGUAUUGCAAGAAUAAAGCUUUGCAAGAUCGCAGAGUUCCCAAAAAAGUGGAACUUCCAGAAGAAUUUUUGGAAUCUUUGGAAGAAGAUAAAGAGUUGGAUGAUGAAUUUUUUUCCAUUGUACGCACUUAA